AUGUCACAGCGAAAUCAGAUUGAAGUUCAAACAUAUACAAAAAUUGGCACUGGUCGUCCUUCGCCAACUGGUGAAUACCAACCAACAAUCACAUAUAAAGGCCGUUUAAAAAACUCGAUUAACUAUAUCGCAAUUAAAAGUAUCGAUAUUAAAAGGCAAGACGACGCCUACAAUUUAUACAACUUCCUGAAAGAUCAAAAUCAUCCACAUAUUCUUAAAAUUUAUCACUGGUAUAAAACUGCGAAUCAUUUUUGGUAUUAUAUUGAAUAUUGUCCAGGUGGAACGCUUCUAGAUCUUCUUGAGCAAGAUGUACGUCUUCCUGAAUCAAUUAUUAAGAUUUUUGCCGUUGACAUUUUAGAUGCUUUAUUCUAUUUACACACAAAUGGAGUUAUUUUGAAAGAUAUGCAACCAAGAAAUAUACUUAUUAACGAGUGUGGAAGCCUAAAAAUAGCAGAUUUUACUCGCGCCGAAUCAAUUGAUAAACCACAAUCUUUAAAUGUCAUUGUAGAUGAAGAUAUGAUCGAAUACUUAGCACCAGAAUUAUUACUUGAGAACGGAAUCGGCUCAUUUGCUUCCGAUUUAUACUCAUUUGGAGCAUUAUUAUAUCGAAUGGCUGCAGGACAAGUUCCUUUCAAGUCGUCACUUGCUCGUGACCCAGAAUCUGCACUUUUCCAUGAAGCGCCACCACUUUUACCCGGAUAUUCUAACGAUUUCAAUGAUUUAGUACAAGCAUUACUACGUAAGAACCCAGCAACACGUCCACAAUGGGCCGAAGUCAUUAAACAUCCAUUCUGGGAGGAUCUACUUACUAAUCGUUCGAAAUCAAGCUCUCCAACCGAAUUUGAUGUUUCUAGAUUGCCAAAGAACCCAACAAGAGAGCAAAACAGACUUGCUGGCAAUCUUACAAGACGCGCUUCAGCAGUUGCCAUACCAGCAAAGGGUGUAGAAUCAGCCAGAAUUUCAACACAAUCAUCUCCAAAAACAAUUGAGUCGAUGAUUAUGACUUCAGAGCUAUUUGAACCUCAGCAACUAUUCCUUAACACUACAAUAGACACUGUUAACAUUCCUUCGUUCAAACCCGAAGAAUUAGAUUUAAAAUUCGAUAUCAACUCUUCCAUCAAGACAGAAGUGAUCAAUGUCUUCGAACAAUGUCUUAAUAACAUCAGAGAUGAAACACCAACAUCGAAAAAAGACCGCCGCAAAUACGGAUACAUCGCAUAUCUUAUUCAAAAAAUUCAAAACGAUUUUGUUGCUGACACAAUUGCAGAAACACCUUUAUUUAGUGAGAUCCUUAAGAUGGCAUUAGAACUCAAGUCAGCCUCCGCAUCAGGGCUAUUGAUUUUAUAUGGCGGAAUUGCACACAACGCACAUAAUAUUUCACCAUCAAAUUUAUCAGAAGAAGCUCUCAAACCAUUGAAAAUUCUUGCUGAAAAAGAAGAGAAAGUUUCGAGAAAAGCCAUUUCCGCUUUUGGCGAAAUUGCUUUUUACAUGGCCAGUGCAAAGACUCCUUUAGUUUUCCCAUCAUUCUUCGAACAGAUCAUCAUGACGAAUCUUCAAAACAACAAAGACGAAAUCAUGCAACAUUACGUGUAUCACAUUGUUUCUGGUAUCGUUCCUUUACCAAAAUGUUCGUCACUUUUUGAUAUAAAGAAAGUUGAAGAGUUAAUGAUGAAAUGCAAUAAUUUUCCACCGGAAAGACCUGCGAUGCUUGAGAGAUACGCGAUUGCUUUAUGCGAAAUCUACCAACAGAUAGAGACAUCAAACAAAGAACACGUUGAAGACAUAAUAAUAAGAUUGAUGUCGAUGGGCGGAAAUUCAUCAAAUACUUGUAGACAAUUGUCAUUGAUGUUGGCUAGUUCUGCGAAAAUGUUGUAUGUUUUGAAGGAUGAACUCGGAAAGUGUUUGGCUGAUACGUUCGAGAAUAUAAAGAUGAAAGCUUUGUUGAGUGUUUGUCUUUGUUUUGGUGAUGAUUUGAAGAAUUUUCUCGGACUUUCAAGUCGAUUUUUGUUUGUUUUGGACAAAUUCGCACAAGAUAAUUGGAAUGAAGUUGACGCGGUUAGUAACUGGUUUGCGCAGAUUGCGUGGAAGAUCAUUAAAGGUAAUGAUUACAGCUUGUUCCAGAUAAUUACUCCUGCUUUGAUUGUUAAAGUUUGCAGAGAAAAAAUGUGGACAAAUUCAUUCCAAAAAACAUUCGGAGAAAAAUUGUUGCAAAUGGAUUUCACGAAUCCAGAUGCCGUCUACGCUUUGCAAGUGUUGGAAGCUGCUGUUCAUGAAGGUGUUUGUUCAUUCGAACUCGUUACUUAUAUAUCAAAAGCUUUCGAAUCUCCUGAAAAAGAUACACGAUUUUUGUCAUUGAAAAUCGUUGCGGAUUUGAACUCAAAUGCUUCGAAGAACAACACAGAAUUGGCAUCAUUCGUGCUUGAGAAAGUAUUACCAUUGGCACCAACAAUACUAAAUAACUCAAAACAGUCAGAAGAUGAUUUAAUUUCGGAACAAGUUUUGAAAAUUUUGUCAUUCACAGCAAAUAACGACAAAAACUGCGUUCCUGUCAUUGCCAAGAAAGAAAUCUAUCCGAGAGUGUUCGAGAAGAUGUGCCAGAGUCCUUCUGCAUUGUUGUUGACUUACCAUAUCAUUCAAUUCUCAGGAGACAUAAUUGAUAAUUUUGUUGAAAGUGGACUUUUGGAAGCGAUUUCUGAUGCCGUGAAGAAAGAGAAUAUUCCGGAUUCAUUCGAUGUAUUGUAUGCUAUACUUAACCCUUUAACAAAACAACUCACGAGCUCCCCAAAUAGCCAACAAGUUCUCUCAGUAAUCUCAAAAAUUUCUAAAUUGGCCGAACUCACAAAAAUUUGUGCUGAACGGUUAUUUUUGGGAACUACAAAAAUUUUGAAUUGUUUACAAGUGGAAAUUUACAUUUUCUCUUACCUUCCGAACGCUAUAAGGUGUCCAUUUGAAGAUGCUUUCCCUGCUCUUGCAUGCCGAAUCAAGGAAGCAAAGUUUUCGCAAGAACACGCUAAUGUAGCAAAAAGAUUUAUAGAAAUGCUGUUUUACGUGUCAACAAAGAGUACUCAGACUGAACUGGUGAAACAAGCAAUGAGAAACUGUAGUGAUUUCAUGAACGCACUCUUUGAAGCUUCUGAAUCUCCAAUCAUAGAAUUAUCUAAUCCUUCGAAGUCAUUAUUGCAAAUCAUUAAUGCAUGA